AAAGCUUGAGAACUUAUUCCCUGCCUUGAGCUGAGAAGCAUGUCCAUGGGUGGGCUUGCUUUCACUACUGCUACUAACUUCGCCGUCAAACUCCAUUACCAUCAACACACACCACCUCCCUCUCUUCCUCUUCUUCACUCUCUCAAGCUCUAUAACCCCAAAUUCCACAAUUCUUCCAUUUCCCUCUCCCUCGCUACCGCACGCGCCUCCCACUCCAACAACGAACUACAAGCCCUCGACAUAUCAACCCUCAGGUCAACUUCGGUGAGGCUCAUUGAUGGGAACCACAACAUGGUCGGAAUCGUGUCCAAGUCCCAGGCCCGUCAAAUGGCUCAAGAUGCUGAACUUGACUUGGUGAUAGUAUCCCCAGAUGCAGAUCCUCCUGUUGUUAAAAUGAUAGAUUAUAGUAAAUAUAGAUAUGAAUUACAAAAGAAGAAAAAAGGACAGCAGAAAAAAAGUGCUGCUAGUCAAAUGGAUUUGAAGGAGCUCAAAAUGGGAUACAACAUAGAUCAACAUGAUUAUUCUGUGCGGUUGAAAGCUGCAAGGAAGUUUUUGAAAGAUGGUGACAAGGUGAAGGUCACAGUGAACCUUAAGGGCCGGGAAAAUGAAUUCAGGAAUAUUGCUAUCGAGCUUGUUAAACGUUUCCAGAGUGAUGUUGGGGAGCUUGCAACUGAGCAGACGAAAAGCUUUCGUGACAGGAACAUCUUCAUUGUUAUGGCUCCAAAUAAAGCUGCUCUACAGAAAGCUCAGGAACCACCAAAGAAUAAGGACAAGUCAGCAGCAGAUUAAGUCUCUGCCGGUGUCCAAUCAUAACUGAAAACCGCCAUCAAGUUUCUAAUGGUAAAAUAGACUCUGGGUAGCAUACAUUCUUCAUAUAGGUUGGGAUCUCUGAGUCUUGUAUUGUAUAUUGUAGUUCCUAAACGAUGGUAUCUUAAACGAAUACAAGUUAAGGGAUCCCUCUAGCCUAACCAAUCAUUUAUGCAAGUUCUUUAUUAUUAUUAUUAUUUCUAUAUCAUUGAAUGAUUGAAAUUGACUGUAACAUUAUUAUUCAAAUCUAAUUAACGUCAAAUUGGUGAGUAGUGUGACACUUAAUCAAGAAAUGCUGUUCCAACAAUAUACGCAUUGGCAAGAAAAACAUCAAUUCUCG